AUGGUCAGCGCAGACUUCCGAAGAUCCGGCUACAUAUUUGGAGAUUUUAGCCCGGAUGAAUUCAAUCAGUUCUUUGUGACUCCUCGCUCUUCAGUUGAGCUUCCUCCAUACAAUGGGACCGUGGUGUGUGGCGCACAGUCUGUGGAUGAACUACUUGAUGGACCAGAAUACCAGAGAAUUGAGUUUGGUGUUAAUGAAGUAAUUGGCCCCAACGACACUUUAUCAAGAACGCCCAACUACAGUAUUUCAAGCACAUUGAAUCCUCAGGCCCCUGAAUUUAUUCUUAGUUGCACAACUUCCAAAAAGACUGCUGCUGACGUAGAUAAAGGCGUGAACUGCAGCUCCGUGGACUGCCAGUACCCACAUUCCAACCUGGUGUUGGACGGCGGAUCUAGUGCUGAGGGGGAUGUGCUGGAAAAUGACGGUGUUUCAGGGGGUCUGGGACAAAGGGAGCGUAAAAAGAAGAAGAAGCGCCCGCCUGGGUAUUACAGUUACUUGAAAGAUGGCGGCGAGGGUGGUGUUUCCACGGAGGCUCUGGUCAAUGGUCAUGCCAAUCCAGCAGUCCCGAACAGCACAGGCACAGAGGAUGUGGAAAUGAUGCACCACAUGCCCCCGUCGGUGUCCCCCAGAACUUGUAGCAGCCCUCAGGACUCCACGGGCUUCGUCAGUGACACUGUGCCUGGUGGUUCUUUCCCCGGAGCCCUUGAUGGUGGCACCAGGACUGCAGGGCAGCCUGAGGGCUGCCACAGGGCUGACUGUGAACAAUCCUGCCUCCCUGCAGAGGCUGGCGGGGACAGCCUGUUGAGGACAGCUGUGACUCAGCCUUGUGUUGGGACCGAUACAACCGAAAACCUUGGAGUUUCUAACGGACAAAUACUUGAAUCCUCGGGCCAGGGCUCAGCUGCCAAUGGGGUGGUGUCGCACCCUGUGGAGAGCAUGGACUCAGACCUGGUGAAAGCCGACAGCUCGUGCUCUCCUGCUGACCCCCAGGUCUCCUCUGCAGGCACCCUGCCUGGCAGUCAGCCUGCCAAGUCUUGGGCCAGUCUGUUUCAUGAUUCUAAGCCUGCUUCCUCCUUGCCGGUGGCUUCUGUGGAAACUAAAUAUCCCCCUCCUGCCACUUCUCCCAUGGUCCCUGAAAAGCAGGUUGAAGUCAAAGAAGGGCUUGUUCCAGUUUCAGAGGAUCCUGUAGCCAUAAAGAUCGCAGAGUUACUGGAAAAUGUCACCCUGGUACAUAAGCCAGUGUCACUGCAACCACGUGGGCUCAUCAACAAGGGAAACUGGUGCUACAUCAACGCUACACUGCAAGCAUUGGUUGCUUGUCCUCCGAUGUAUCACCUAAUGAAGUUCAUUCCUCUGUAUUCAAAAGUGCAAAGGCCGUGUACGUCAACACCCAUGAUAGAUAGCUUUGUUCGGCUAAUGAAUGAGUUUACUAACAUGCCAGUACCUCCAAAACCAAGGCAAGCUCUUGGGGAUAAAAUCGUGAGGGAUAUUCGCCCUGGAGCUGCCUUUGAGCCCACGUAUAUUUAUAGACUCCUGACAGUUAUCAAGUCGAGCCUGUCUGAAAAGGGCCGACAGGAAGAUGCUGAGGAGUACCUAGGCUUCAUUCUCAAUGGGCUUCAUGAGGAAAUGCUCACUCUGAAGAAGCUUCUCUCCCCUACUAAUGAAAAACUUAAUAUUUCCAAUGGACCCAAAAGCCACUCAGUAAAUGAAGAAGAGCAGGAAGAAGAAGGCGCAGGAAGCGAGGACGAAUGGGAGCAAGUGGGCCCCAGAAAUAAGACUUCAGUCACUCGCCAGGCGGAUUUUGUUCAGACCCCAAUCACUGGCAUUUUUGGUGGACACAUCAGGUCUGUGGUUUACCAGCAGAGUUCAAAAGAAUCUGCCACUUUGCAGCCAUUUUUCACGUUGCAGCUGGACAUCCAGUCUGAUAAGAUACGCACAGUCCAGGACGCACUGGAGAGCUUGGUGGCCAGAGAGUCUGUCCAAGGCUAUACCACAAAAACCAAACAGGAGGUUGAGAUCAGUCGAAGAGUGACUUUGGAAAAACUGCCCCCUGUUCUCGUGCUGCACCUGAAACGCUUUGUCUACGAGAAGACUGGUGGAUGCCAGAAGCUUAUCAAAAAUAUUGAGUAUCCUGUGGACUUGGAAAUUAGCAAAGAACUGCUUUCUCCUGGAGUUAAAAAUAAGAAUUUUAAAUGCCACAGAACCUAUAGGCUAUUUGCAGUGGUCUACCAUCAUGGCAGCAGCGCAACCGGGGGCCACUACACCACAGACGUCUUCCAGAUCGGUCUGAACGGCUGGCUGCGCAUCGAUGACCAGGCGGUCAAGGUGAUUAACCAGUACCAGGUGGUGAAGCCCACUGCCGACCGCACGGCCUACCUCCUGUAUUACCGCCGCGUGGACCUGCUGUAGCCGCUGCGCCACCUGCGGCCCCACUGACUCCCAUCCUGUCUUCAGCGGCUCUGCAGAGACACUCUUCCUCCCUUUUGAAAAAGUGGGCUAGAGUGAAAAGGAGACGCCUGGGGUUUGUGUGCGACAUCCUUUAUGUUGACUUCUAACUUCCAGAUCAAAAUCAUUUGGUUGAAACAGACUAUCACUUGAUUUAAGAAAAUACACCAAAACCCACACUUCUGAAAUAAUGCCGAUUCCUGAGUAAGAAGGGGGAACUUGCGAUUGAGUCCCAGUCUAAUUGCUUAGUAGAAUAAAUCCUGCACCAGCAACACCUGUAAAUUUGUGAAAAAUGAAUUUUAUCUUUCCUUAAACAAUAAAUUUUUUAAUCCAUCGUACUUUCCUCCCCCACCCUUUAGUUUUUGAUAAAUGAUAAAAAUGAGCCAGUUAUCAGAGAAGAAAUAGUUCUUCAAACGCAAAAUAAACACAAAAAAUAAGUUGCUGGUUCCUAACAAGAAGAUCACCUUCUAAUUGUGCGAAGAGAAACUGCUUACCUCCGCGUUGCAGAUCAAAUAUUUGGAGAUGUUAAGGGGUUAGUCACAUAGAUGGGUGAUUGUAACUUUAUUGCCAUUAAAAGAUUUGAAAUUGCAUUCGUGCUUCUGUGUACACAAUGAAAAGUGGGCAAAAUAACGAAGGUGGAUAUUUCCCUAUGUCUGCUGUUUAAUUCUGCUAUCUACUCUUCUAUAAUGCCGCGUCUCUAAUUGUACACAGUUUAGUGAUAUCUUAGGAGUAUAAAGUUGUCGCCCAUCAAUAAAAAUCACAACGUUGGUUU